AUGCCAUACAGAGCAAAGCUCUUCCUUUGUGCUUUUUUAAAUUUCUUGGUAAAAGGAUGUUUGGGAAACGAUAAAGUGACAGCAGCAGAAAAUGUGACGUCAUUAAGAAAGGCUUUACUGCGGAACUAUGAUCCUUACUUACGACCCCGGAAAAAUCAAAUUGAUCCAGUCGUCAUUAACGCUAGUUUUUUCGUCCUCCGCUUCAAUGAUAUCAAUGAAAAGGAGGAAACUGUUACUCUUCUAGGUAGCUUAAUGAUUCUUUGGAAUGAUGAAUUUCUUGUCUGGGACAAACAACAGUAUUCAAAUAUAAGUAGCAUAGAGUUGAAAACAAAUGACAUAUGGUGGCCAACGAUAUCUUUGGGUAAUCCUGUCGGAGAUUUUGAGACAUUCGAGAAUCCAUACAAGAUUUUUCGCGUUUCUUCUUCCGGUGAUAUAGUGUGGUUUCCUGGCGGUUUAUAUUCAGUAGUGUGUGAGUUGAAUUUAAAAAAGUAUCCUUUCGAUACACAAAAUUGUGAUUUCAUUUUCUCUGUUCUCGGAUACCCUCCCGAUGACAUCAUAAUCAACGCGGUUUCUAGCGACCUCCAGGUACGAGGAACAACCGAGUGGGAUGUUGUCGCCGGCAGAGUUUCCAGUAUGCCCUACGGAAAGACUGGACUGAUUGCGAGCUUUACUCUACAAAGAAAACCAUUUUUUGUGGUAUUGACAGUGUUGUUGCCACUGUGUUUGCUCUCUGUAAUGAAUGUGUUUGUCUUUCUCAUUCCUGUAGAAUCUGGUGAGAAAAUUUCUUUUGCGAUCACCACAUUUCUGGCGUAUUCGAUUUAUCUUUCCGCCAUAGGAUCUUCUCUCCCUGCUAAAGACAACGUUCACAUGGCGGUAUACAUAGAAAUACUGAUGGUUCUUAGUGUUGUUAUCAUGGUAUUAGUCAUUGUUCAAACAAGGCUCUUCUUUUAUUACGGUGACCACAAUCUGCCCUGUUUUGCUGGAAAAGUUGGCGUUGACAAAACUAUUGAUAGACCAAAUUCUGGUGACGAAAACAAAAUGUCCCCUGCAGAAAAUUCAAAACCAUUGAAAAGAACAUGGGCAAAUAGUAUGGUAUUAAUGGAUAAAAUUUUCUUUUUUUCUUUUACGUGUGUUUUAGGAUCAGUCAGUAUCUAUUAUUUUGAUUUGAUGAUGCUCAAAUCCUAA